UUUUGCUCCUCCCCCCCCCCCCCCCCCGCUUUAUUUUUGCCUCCAGGCGCGUUUAUCGCCUUUAUCGCUCCUUUUUGCGCUAUGGGGGUGCGGAGGCGGCCCCGCAGUGAGGCCAGGCUGGACCCUGAGACCGCCGAGUAUUUCCGAAGGGCCCUGGAGACGUUGGAAGGAGGGCUGAACGCGGAGGAGCUGACCCUCUUUGCCCCCAACGUCCUCUUGGAAGCGGUGUCAUCGAUGCCGGAGGCAGCGUUGGACGCGUGGGGCUCGCGGGUGCUGCAGGCGCUGGCGCCGCGGGCGCCGCUGGGGAUGUUGGGGCGACUCUUGGCACCCCUGGUUUUGGGGGGCCUCGGGGGACCUUCGGGGCACCCGCUGGGGGCUCGGGUGCUAGAGGCGGCGCUGGGACGGGUGCCGGCGGCGCUGGAGGAGGAAGAGGAGAACGGAGAAGGCGCGAGGAAGGUGGUGACGGAAGCCGUUGCGCAGCUGGCGGUGGCGGUGAGGGACGACGUGGUGGCUUUCGCCCGGCACCCGGCCGGGAGCUUCGUGGUGCGGGCGUUGCUGCGGGUGCUCGGGGGGGUCACGGAGGCAGGAGCCCCUCAGCUGGGGGCGUGGCCAAAGGACAAGGGGGCGGGGCUUCCCCCCUCCUUCCAGCCCCUCCUGGACCAAUUAGCGCAGGCCUUUGAGGACCACCUGCCCUCGCUGCAGUCCCCGGCAUCCGCCAGCCUCUGCCUGCAGGGGGCGCUGCAGGCGCUGCACCACAGCCGUCCCAGUGCCUGUGCACACCUCUGUGACGCUGUCCUGAGCUGCGCUGGAGGCUCCCUGGUCUUGGGGCUGCAGGACCCCGAGCGCAGCCGGCUACUGGAGGCGGCCAUGACGGUAGCCGAGCCUGGCGUCCUGCGCCAGCUCUUCCUGCAGCUGAAGGGGAACCUGCGGGCCGUGGCCGAGCACCGCGUGGCCAAUCACGGGCUGCAGCGCCUGCUGGAACGCGCCCCCGAGGACGUGAUUCAGGAGGUGCUUUCGGAACUGGGACCGGCGCUGUCAGAGCCGCUGGUGCGGGGCCACCCCGGGGUCCUCACGGCUUUGAUGGGUGCCUGCAGGCGCUGCCCUGCGCUCCAGCAGGAGGCGCUGCGCUACCUGCUGCAGGCGUUUGGGUGCUGGGAGCCUUCGGAGCGGCGCCGGAGCUGCCUGGGACCCUUGGCCACGCUCCGGCCCUUUGGGAAUGGGGACACCGAGGGGACGGAGCCUGAGGCUGCGUUGGCCGCCGUGGGGCUGCACGGAUCCCUCCUCCUGCAGCACCUCCUGCAUUUUGGGGACCCGGGCCCGAUCCUGGGGGCUUUAAUGGCUCUUUCGCCCCCGGCUUUGGUGGCCCUGGCUCGAAGUCCCCCUGGCAGCCACGUCUGGGACGCCAUCCUCGCCUCCCCAGCUGUGCCCGCCCGUGCCCGGCGCCGCCUCCUGCGCAAGCUUAAGGGCCACUUCUUGUCGUUGGCUCGUCACCGCAACGGCAGCCGCGUCCUCGACGCCAUCUGGGCUACAGCGCCUGGAGCCACCCGCGACGCCAUUGCCCGCGAGCUGGGCCCACAGCGCCAGGCCCUGCUCCACGACCCCCACAGCCGCGCCAUUGCCCUCGCGCUUAUGGGGCAGAAGCGCCCGCGGGCCUCUCUGGAGGACUGAAACCACAGAGAGGGUGCCACAAACAGGCCCCUGCGCGCCGCUCUGCUCCCACUUCCUGCGUUCUGCUGCUCCAGUUCCUUUUAAUAAGCUGUCGCCGUCGGGGCAGCCCACCCGCUCGGCGCACCCGGCGCGCUUCUCGCCCGACGAUCGCUUCUCCCGGCACCGCUUGGCACUCAAGCGCCGUUUCGGCCUCCUCCCCACCCAGCAG